AGCAUCUAAUAAUAUUGGACUCAUAUAGUAAUUUUUUUUAACAGCAGGAAGCAGCACUUUGGGGAUGCAGCGAAAUACCCGAGGGCCUCCUUUACCACCUUGUUUUCUGCACUGAUGUUGAGUGAGUGGUGUCAGGCCAAAAGAAAUCUUUAGCUUAAAAUCUGAGGCAAAAACUACUCACCCAAAAAGCAGUUUCUCUGAGAGGAGGAAGUGAUGCCGUGCAGGAUAAGUUGUUGGCAACACUUGUGCCGCCGCCCUUCCUCACUUUAGACUAAGCACAUAAACGUACUUUCCGUGCUGGAGGCGAGCAUUUAUUUAUGUUGGGGCCUUAACAACAACGUAGGGAAAUAGAUGACCAAUUUUGCUGCCGCGGAGACCCGAGCCGGUGUCUGCCUUAGCCAAGGUCGCACCUCGACCAGCCCCAGAUUUCACCUCAGGAACCUCACCGUGUCUCAGCCGAGAAUAUGGUGCGCCGCUGUACCUUUGAGCGCUCCCUCGGGAGGGGCGGGGCUUCCGGUCGGCGCGGAGCCGUUUCCGGCGCGUCUGCUCGACGGAGCCGCAGGAGCUCGUGGGCAGGAGGGUUCCGGACGGCGCCAGUGCAGCGGGCUGGGGCUGAGGCGGCUCACGACCCUGUGCUCUUGAUUCAUCUCUUUCUUCUUCCGGGCCUCCCUCUCUUGCAAAAAUCCCUAGAUCGGUCUCUCCUCCCCCGACCUGACUCUUUAAUUCAAUUGGGGGAGUAGGCGGGUCCCGAUUGCCGAGAGGAACCCGCGGGCACCAGGGCGAGGUGUUGCGGAGACCAUGGGACUCAGGACCGCACAAAGGACCUGAUGCCCGAGCCAGGUCUUCAGGAAUAAGCGGGAGGUUGUUUUAAGGUGCGGGGCACUGUGCUAAGUGCUUUACCUGCAUUAUCACAACUGUAGUGAUGUAGACUAGCACUCUCCCCAUUCUGUUGUUGUGGAAGCUGAAUCCUCAGUAACUUUGCUCCGCUUAUUCAAUAAGUGAUGAGUCAGAAAUCGACUUCCCAAGCCUAGACUCAACCAUACCUCUGCACUGUCUUUCUACUAUUCUGUAAGCCAACUGUUUGACAUAUUCUUUGAACAUCUUUUGUUCAGCUCUGUAUUCGUGGGGAUACAGCGAGAUAGAAGCCCCAGCCUCAGUCUCCUUGGUUGUGUACACCCGAACCAGUUGACUAAAAAGGCAAAGCGCUCCCGUGAGGGGUGCUGGCUGUUCAGAGGAGGGACAGACAGAUGGCAAUCAGAGUGCAUCAGGAAGAAUGCUGACCUGAGCUGGGUGUGAUUUGGAAGAUCAAUGGAAGGCAUUCCAGGCCGGGGGCAGCCAAAGCAAAGACUCACAGGAUUCUGCCCUGGCCUUCAGCUUUUCAUGUGAUGGCUGGCAUCUUGGGGAUCUUGUUUUCGAAAGAUUGUUGGAAUUCCUGUGAUCAUCAUAUGAAGGCUUCCCCUGGCCUCAUCACAUCUUAUAUCCCGGAGUUGUCCUAAAGAACCUCAAUUUAGACACCCGAGUAUCAAGUUCUCUUCCAGAGGAAUUCUCCAAUCUUGGUGGUGUGUGGACCCCAUUUGGGAUAUCUCUUUGGCAUGAUAAUCUCCUGACAUAGCUCUCUAUCCCCAGGUAUAAUUUGUCCAUUUUUGAAAACAGGCCCUGCUGCCUCUAUUCAGAACCACUAAACCUGUACCUGGAAGUGUCUCCCAAUCUUGGGAGUGCUCAGGUUCAGUUGGACACUCUGCUUCGUUCUGGAAAAAAAAUAUGUGGGCUCCAGCUCAGGCAGUAUCAAGACAGGCCAGGCCUGCAGACCCUCCAAGAGGACAAAACCCCUCUUCCUCACUGUAAAGCUGGAUUCGUCUUACUGGACCUGAGACCUUUCCUCUACCCUGUUAUCUUUUCUUCUGUGUGAUAUUCACAUGCUCACAUUCAGUCAUGUAUGUGGGCAUGCCUUUUUUCCCAGAACCUCCAUGGUCUCUUCCCCAGUUCUGCUGCAGCUGCUCCUCAGCCCAGGCCCCAAGGCACAGCAGUCCCUGUGGCAAUAGAUAAUGUCUUCUGGGGAGGCAGCAACAUUUGAGGAUCUGACCAAAGACUGGAAGUAUUAGGAAGCCCCUCAGAAGGACUGCAGCAGAGGCAUAAUGCUGAACAGUUACGAGAACACGGUCCCUCAGGGAGACUUCUUACAAUUCUCCACGACACCACAGAGAGCGGGAAAUGAUCCCCCUGGUGUUUCAAAUCCAAGUGAAACAGACACGGAGAUAAGUACCAUGAGAGAAAAGUUUCUCGCCAGUGUGACCAAGUUGGUAGAAAGCAAAAGUUACAACAGCAAGGUAUUUUCCAAAGAAAAGUACUUUCAAACAAUCAAGGAAGUCAAAGAAGCUAAGGAGAAGGGGAAGAAGUCAUCACGUGAUUAUCGCCGUGCAGCAAAAUAUGAUGUGAUUUCUGUAGCAGGCACAGAGAAACUCAUAGAGGCUGCUCACAGAGAACGAGAUCGGAUACGGUAUUACGUACACAAGGAAGAGCUGUUUGACAUCCUUCACGACACACAUCUCAAUAUUGGCCAUGGCGGGCGGACACGCAUGCUCAAGGAACUGCAAGGCAAAUAUGGGAAUGUCACCAAAGAAGUCAUUGUCUUAUAUCUGACUCUGUGUAAACAGUGCCACCAGAAGAACCCAGUACCCAAGAGAGGCCUUGCACCCAAGCCCAUGCCAUGUAAGGACAAUGACUCCAGAUGCCAAGUUGAAAUCCUUGAUAUGCAGUCAAAUGCUGAUGGAGAGUUCAAGUUCAUUUUGUAUUACCAGGACCACUUAACCAAGUUCAUUAUUUUACGGCCAUUAAAAGCCAAGCAGGCCCACGAGGUAGUCAGCGUCCUGUUGGAUAUUUUCACAAUUCUUGGUCCACCCAGCGUGUUAGAAUCUGACAGCGGCAUGGAGUUCACAAACCAGGUUGUUAAUGAGCUCAACGAGGUAUGGCCAGACCUAAAGAUUGUCCUUGGUAAGUCCCACCCUGGCCAAGGCCAGGGCUUCCUGGAGCGAGCAAGCCGUGAUGUCAAGACCAUGCUGAGUGCCUGGAUGCAGAGUAACCACUCCCGUCAUUGGACCGAAGGCCUGCGAUUCAUGCAGAUGGUAAGGAAUCAGGCCUUUGAUGGUUCCUUGCAGCAGAGUCCGUAUGAGGCAAUGUUUGGUUGUAAAGCCAAAUUUGGACUCUAUUCCUCACACUUGCCCCGGGAAACCGUGGCUGUUUUACACACAGAGGAGGAGCUGGAAAUUGCCGAAGAACAACUGGAAAGCAGCCUCUGGGUCAGGCAGGAAGAGAGGGCUGAGGUUGGAGCAGACCGGUCUGACAUGGACGAGGACGUUGAUCCCACACCUCUCGAAGCCUCAGAGCCCAGCACCUCCCAGGCAGCCUCAGGUCUCUUCUCCUGGUGAACAGACAUCUGCUGGGUGGACGCUUAGUGCUUCUGGAUACCAUAGAGCCACCUGAGAGCUGUAACCAAGACUCCAGAUGAAAGGAGUGAAGGCCACUCUCUCAGGAACACUGUUCUUGAUAGCCCUGAGUCAGAGGGGGAGGCGGCUCCAGUCUCUGAUCUCACCUGCCCUAACAAAUUCCCACAAACCUAGAGGCUUAAAACAGCAGAACUUUGGGGACUUCCCUGGCAGUCCAUGGUUGAGACAGUGAGCUCUCAAUGCAGGGGGAGUAGGUUUGACCCUUGCUUGGGGAACUAGGAUCCUGCAUGCUGAGGACACAGCCAAAAUUUAAAAAAAAAAGGAUUAAAAAAAAACUUUCUUCUUAGUCCUAGAGGCCAGAGGUCUGAAAUCAGGGUGUUGGCAGGGUUCAUUCCUUCUGGAGGCUCCAAGAGAGAAUCCAUUCCAGGCCUUCCUCCUUUCUCUAGUGGCUGUCAGCAAUUCUUGGCAUCCCUGGGCUCAGAGUAGCACAGAUCCAGCCUCUGUUUGUCUUCACGUGGCCUUCUCUCCCUGGUUGUGUGUGCUCCUUUUCUGUCUCUUACAAGGACCCCGUUGGACACCAAAUCUAUGUAGUUGGAUUUAGGGCCCAGCAUAAUUAAUGAUCUCAUCUCGAGAUACUUACCUUAAUUUCAUCUGCAAAGACCCUGUUUCUAAGUAAGUUCAUAUUCACGGUUGCUCGGGGUUUGGACUUAGACAUAUCUUUGGUGGGGGGGGCCUGCAGUUGUACUGCAAUUGGCUCAGGGGUAAUGAACCUUCUUGCCAAUGCAGGAGAUUCAGAUUUGAUCCCUGGGUCAGGAAGAUCCCCUGGAGGUGGAAAUAGCAACUCGCUCCAGUAUUCUUGCCUGGGAAAUCCCAUGGACAGAGGAGCAUGGCAGACUGCAGUCCAUAGGGUUGCAAAAGUCUGUCACAGCGUAGCGACUGAGCAUGCACACAGUUCUACCAACUACAGUCAGUGGAAGAGGAUGUUUGCUUGCAGAACAUAAACUGAUGGGGUCUCAGCCCUGUAGAGCUGGUGGGACUGCCCUGCAUGUAUUGAGUAUCUGUUCCUGCUCCUCAGGCACAGAACCCAAAAGAUGGGGGCAUCACAGAAAAAGAUGUAGAUGAAGGACAAAUAAUGAGAGGAAAAGAGGUUGAGCUCAUGUGCCUCAGAGACUGGCUGCCCCACCAGCUGAGCUUUGUUUCCUGCUUCAAGAGAAACCUGAUGUACCAGCCCUGCUCUCACAAUGGCAUCCACAGGAAUUGACCUGCCUGAAACGUAUUUUAAAAAUAGGUCAAAAUUAAGGCAUGGCUGGGGUUUGGGUCUGAGCCUGCUGGUGUUCUGUGCCUCAAGCACAGCAUGACGUGGUGUAGUCCUGGAACGGUCAUACAUUCCAGGAAGUGACCAAUAGCCAGGAAACAACUAGGGACUCUGGAGCAAAUUGCAAAAGUUGGCCUGAGGUCACUGCUUCAGCCAGAGAAGAAUAGAGCACAGGCCAGUCUGGGUCAUAGUUCAGAGGAAAGGGGAGGGUAAUGUCCAGGAUCUGUGCACGGCUGUAUUCUCAAGGCCUGGAAGAGGACCCAGCCCUUCGGAGGUGUUGAGUAAGGGUUUGUUGAGUGAAUAAAUGAUUCUACAGACAUGGAUGCAGGGAAGGAGAAGGGGCCUGCAGUUUCUGACUCUCCAGUUCUUUCUUCCUGCAUAUCCCAGAACCAUCUCAAACCAUUCUGGGGGACUUCCCUGAUGGUCCAGUGGUUAAGACUCUGUGCUUCCAGUACAAGGGGCACAGGUUCGAUCCCUGGUCAGGGGAGUAAAAUCCCACACGUGCCUUGGCACCGCCAAAAAAAAAAUUCCGAUUGCCCCCAACUUUGGCUUCCUCUUGGGCCAAGAGCAGUCUCCUGAUGAUGCCUGCCUCACAGGGUGGUUGGGAAAGACAGUGAGAUAAUGCUUGCAAAGUUCUAAGAUGUGAGUUGUCCUUGCUACCUUCAGAUCUUACCCUCAUCAUGAGAGUUGGAGAUCACUGUUGCCAUUCCUUUGCUGGUUAAACAGUGUUAAGCUAGACAUCCAGGAAAUCUGCACUAUUAUUAGACAGGAGGUGAUGUCACUCUCCAGCUUGUCUUGGAGGACCAGAAUCUCGGCUUCAUCCUCGGCCAGUACCUCAUGUCCCCUUCCUGUAUCACUCAGCCGAUCAGGGCCUGGGAGGCCCAACUUGACUGAUGUUGCCCCCUGUCCCCACCCCGUGCUGACCUACCACCUCCUGAUGGCAGAGCAAACCAGGAACUACACCAUCAGCUCCUGUGGGUAAGAGGUCAAAGGAGGCACUAUGCUACUGUCUUUCCCAGGGGGUGGCUGCAAAUAACGGAGGUUUCCGGAGCUGCUACCUCAGCCUUCCUCUUCUGCUCCCUAGUGUUUACAGUGGAGGGACCUGGAGGAGGACACCUAGACCCAGCCCAGCCUUCCUCUGUGUUAUCACAUUUCAGCAUCUGGAGCGGAACCAGUUGCUUUCAGUUUGCAAGCUUUCUGGACACGUGUGCCGCUGACAACUAAAGCGUGGUUCACCAAGGUGGCAUGCAGGAUCUUAGCUCCCUGACCAGAAAGCAAAUCUUCCUCCCUGCAGUGAAAGUGUGGAGUCUUAACCAUUGGCCCACCAUCAAAGUCCCAGUAAAGACUUCAAGUCUGUAAAAGGAAGCUCGGUGAGGGAUCCACAGAAAAGUCACUUCAGCUGAAUUUUGAUGGAUUGUUUGCAGUUCAGCAGUGAACAGUCUCCAUUCUGCCUCAAUUGCAUCAGAGGACUUCUAGCAGGGGAAGUAGACUUGGUCAGAUCCUCAGUAGAAGAACCUGGCAGACACCACCUUAAGUUGGUGAUCAAAUAAACAUGCCAGUGUUGUUACUGGUACUGGUGCCAGUGCCUCUUGAUAUGAUGCACUGAGAAAACAGCAACAUUUCUGUGAUAUUUCUACCAAAAAUGUAUCACCUGAAUGUAAUUAUGAAGACACAUGGGACUAACCAGAUGGAGGGGCAUCCUACAAAAUAGCUGGUCAAUGUUAGGAAGGCAUUGAAAGACUGAGAAACUCUUCCAGUUAAAGUGGGUGAAAGAGACGUGGCAACUGAAUAUGAUGCGUGAUCCAGGAUUUUCUUUUAUAGUGGACAUCACGGGGACAAUUGGCAAAAUCUGAAUAUUAUUUGAAGCUUAUAUUAUGAUAUCAGUGUGGAAUUUCCUGUCUUGAGACUUACACUGUGGUUAUGGAAAACAAGAUGUGGUUAUGCAUCUUGUUUUUAAGAACUAGACAUUGAAAUAUUCAGAGGUAAAGGGGCAUCAUGUCUGCAACUUAAUCUCAAACAGUAGAGGAAAAAAAAGGGUGUGGAGGGGGAGAGAGGGAACGAGGGAGAAGGGUAAGGAGGGAAGAAAGAUACAAAGCAAAUGUAGUAAUAUUAACAUUUGGGGAAAUCUGGGUGAAGAAUACAAAGGAAUUCUUUGUACUGUCCUUGCAACUUUUGUAUUGUUCUUGCAACUUUUCUGUAAAUUUGAAAUUAUGUCUCCCCCACCCACCAAUUUUUUAAUUGUCAGAGUCCUACAAAGAGGGCAGACAAUUUUGCCUUCCUGUGACCAGUCCUUAGGCCUAGGAACCUAUGAACAUGAGGAUACAAGGCAGUAACUCUUGGGCUUGCAGAAACAGGAUUCCAUGCAAACAGUCUUUUUUUUUUUGACUUGUGUGUGGGAAUCUUAGUUCCCUGACCAGGGAUUGAACCCAGGACCCUGACAGUGAAAGCACCCGGUCCUAACCACUGGACCACCAGGGAAUUCCCUCCAUUCACCCACUGAUGGACAUUUAGGUUGCUUCCAAUUUUUGGCAAUUAUAAAUCAUGCUGCUAUAAUUAAAUGCAAGUUUGUGUAUGGGCAUAAGUUUUCAGUUCAUUUGGGUAAAUACCUAGGUGUGUAUCUGCAGGAUCAUAUGGUAACAGUAAAUUUAGUUUAGUAAGAAAUUUUCAAACUGUCUUCUGAAGUGGUUGCACCAUUCUGCAUUCCCACCAACAAUGAAGGAGAGUUCCUGUUACUCCACACCACUGCCAACAUUUGAUACUGUGGAAAUUACCAGGUGGCCCAGAAAUUCCACUAUUUACAUUCCCUAGAAAACUGAAAACAUUAUGUAUGAAAACUUACAUAUUCAUGUUUAUAGUAAAAUUAUGCAUGAGAGCCCAAAGUCCCAAAUGUCCAUCAGCUUACAAAUAGAUAAAUAAAAUAUAUCAUAUCCAUGCAGUGAAAUAUUAUUCAGUCA